AUAAAAUUAACUUUGAACAUGUGUGGGUAGUUUUUUUCUCAAUUUAUUUUUCUGAUUUUCCAGGUGGAUGGAUAAAGUAGACCAAAGCAAGACAACGAAAUGAAAAUUUGCUUUAGAUUAAUGCCUCUCCAUCACAAACACAUUGGUCAUUAUGGGAUUGUCGUCAGAAAAGAAACCCGAAAAGGAAUGGGAGUAACAGCAGCGGGAGCAACAACAGGCACAGGAUUUGUGCAAGCCAGCCUUCCAUUCCGUAGUAACAAUGGCAACACAAACCCAAAGAGGACUAGACUUCACUCAACUUUUAUCACUACCUGUUGCAGUGCUUCCAAAGAGGGAGAUAACAGAGCAAUAUCAUCAUCGUUGUCAUCAUCCAAUUUAAUUAGCAGCGUGGGAAAGAGGCUUCAGAGCUAUUUGGACACUUAUAGAGAGAAGAACCCUCUUAAAACGAAUUCCAAUACCGAUACAGAAUGGGAUUGGGAUCGAUGGCAGGAGCAUUUUACAGAGAUGGAAAAAGACGAGGUCAUCAUUUCUGUUUUGAAGUCCCAACUAGAUGAUGCUGUAGGGAGUGAAGAUUUUCAGGAAGCAUUUCGGCUGAAAAAAGCCAUUGCAGCAACGAUGGCAAAGGACACUGUUGCUGAAGUUAUGUCUGAGCUUGAGAAAGCAAUAGAAGAAGAACGUUAUUUGGAUGCAGUACGACUCCGUGAUGAUGCAGGUGCGGGUCUGGUAGGUUGGUGGGUUAGUCUGCCACAAGGUGAAAAGGACCCAUAUGGUCGAAUUGUAAAAAUCUGUCCUGCACAGGGUAGAUUUGUGGCCGAAAGUUACAGUGCAAGGCAGUUGGCUGCUGCAGAAACAGGUGUACCUUUGUUUGAAAUCUUUGUAACUAAAUAUGGGGACCCUAGAUACAAACAGCAGGCAAUUUAUUUACAGCGUGCCAAAGAGACCUUAAACGAAUCUCUUCCAUCAUUAGAACCUUUAGAUGCUGAUCUUUUGGGUUCCUCAAAAAGCUCACUUGAAGGAGACCAAAAAUAUCAGAGUUUGGAAAUUUCUGCAGAUGUGGAAAAUGAAGGAGACAAGAGUGAUAACAAAGAUAAUAUGGAUGAACUGAAUCGUGUUCUAAAUUAUCUGAGACAUAGGAUACCAGGUAUAAAAUUCAAGGUUUUGAAAGUCAUUGCACCUGAAGGGGCGGAGAUGGACACAAAGAUAUUUGAACAGUUAAUACAGGAGAAUGAGGACGAGAAUGAUGAGAGCAAUUCUAGUGAAAGUUCCGAAGAUAAUGAAGAUGAGAUUAAAAUUGAAGGUGAUCUACAAGAUGAUAAAGAAACUAUUGAAGAUAUUGAUUUUGCAGAGAAACACAACGAAACCCCAUUCAAACUUGUGAUUGGCGGGGUUUUACCAAGUAGCUUAGAAGAUAAGGCUUCAAGAGUUGUCAAACGUGUUCCAGCCAAAAUAGAGUAUAGAGGGCGGGAUGCUUUUAUCUUCCAUAAAGCAGAAAAUGACAGUCAGGAGCCAUCUCUAAAAGAUGAACUAGAUAUGAAAGUGGCAAAAGUUGCAGCACAGUCAUCUUCAGACCUUGAGUUAUCAAAUGUUGUAAAAUCUCUGUGGAAAUCCAAAAAGAUUGGUUUAAAGGAACCCAAGGAUAUAGAGGAAAUAGUUGAAAUAAUUAAGCUUGCAUUUAGUCAAGCUCAGAAAAGGAAUGAUUUAUCUGGGAGCAGUAUGUUCCGGCGUUUAAAUGUUGCAGAGGCUAACUCAGAUCUGUUGAGCGGACUAUAUAUUGGGACUUUUGGUCACCACAAUUCAGAAGUGGUUCAGCUAAGGCGCACAUAUGGGCAUUGGCAGAACACAAAUGAAAGUCUGAGUGAAAAUUCUAAACUAGAAUUCUUUGAGUAUGUAGAAGCUGUAAAAUUAACUGGCGACCUGAAUGUACCUGCUGGCCAGGUUACUUUUCGAGCAAAAAUAGGCAAUACAAAUUCUCUAUCAAUUCGUGGAAUUUAUCCAGAGGAACUGGGAGUGAUUGCUAGGUACAAAGGCCAGGGAAGAAUUGCAAGGGCUGGUUUCCGUAAUCCACAGUGGAUUGAUGGUGAAUUAGUGGUACUUGAUGGAAAGGGUGGUGGUCUUACAGAAGGUGCACAACUUGGCUUUGUAUAUUGUGUGUCGGAAAAACACAUUCUUGUGUUAUUCAAUCGGUUGAAGCUUCAAUAAUGAGAUUUAGAUUUUUCAUUGUCCAUAUCCGCUAUUCAUUGCAAACAUAUUUUUAUAGAGGACUUGUUAUGGUCAAAGAUAUCUAGCUUCCUGUAUGCCAUAUUGUAUGAAUUUAAUUUUUUUUUUCUCUCGAGUACCUUGGGGAAAUUGAUCUUUUUAGGUAUGCAAGUCGGAUGCAGUACUUGCUAAUUUUAUUGCUUGGAUGGACUCCGAUGCAAAUUGUCAUCAGGCCUCUUUUACUAGGAACAUGAGAGAUAAGGAGUUCACAUGAAAUCAUCGCUUAGAUGAUUGAAUUCGAAUGUAAUUUAAUGGAUAAUACGAACCUGUAGAGCAUAUUCCAUUAGUCCUUGGAACAGUCUUACUGUUUGACAAUGAUUGUGAACAUGGAAUUUAGAGAUGUUAUAUUAUGUCUUCUAAUGAUAAAGGUUCCAAAUUUCUGUACAGUA